ACUUCCACAGAUGUACACCAGGAACUAAUGACCUAGAUGGACCAGUGCAAGAGCUACUCAGACAGGAAAGCAGCAAGGCCAAGAUGGAAAUUGGCGAAGUUAUCAGAGUCCGAGGCUACAUCAAAGUUUUCAGAAUGCAGAGAGAGGUGGUGGCUUCUAUUUUCUAUAAAGUGGAUGAUCCCACACUUGACAUGCAGAUUACGAGGAUGCUUGAACUGCCUUACCUCUACAAACAUGUCUAUGACAAACCUUUUAUUCUCCCUGGUCACAUGAAAGAUCAAUCCCAUGAGCACUCGAAUCAAGCAGAGUUACAGAGAUCCAGGCUCAUUGCUAUGCUCAGUGAAAAAUUAUUGGCUUUUGUGAAAGAGAACAAGAUUUACAACUUCUACCAGCCGGAACUGGAAAGUGUGCCCUCCUUAGUCAUGGCGGCUACAAAUCCACAUUGCAGCACAGAGAGUGGCUCAAACGUUGCUUCCAGUUCCAAAGAAAUUUGCAGCGUGUUCAGAGAAGCCAUACACAUACUUCUAGAAAGAGGCAUUGUUUACCAAAAAGGCCAAAGCAAAGAUGUUUAUUAUGUAACAGAUCAUGACAAAGAAUUACGCAAAUUAACUCUGAAUAUUAUUAAACAGGACUGCAAUAGGCAAAGACAUGCAGAGAAAGGCUGUCACUUCCUCCAUAUCUUGAACUGUGUACAACAAGAGUUUGGGUCCUGCAUAAAUGAAACCAUACUGCAGAGAGUCAUUGAUACUCUUGAACAGAACAGCGAGAUUAUUAGCACAAUGGAAAAAUAUUACACUGCCUUCUGAUAUUAUUCUGCAAGGGCUAACUGUCCUGAUCUUAAUGGUUGGAAAAUGGUUCACUGUAUGGGAGCAGAGGAAGAAAUCGUGACCAAAGUCAUAUGCUGGGGGACCCCAACUGAGAACCUGGCUCUACGCCAGUCACUGCACCAGUGAAAGCAUCAUUGUGGUAUUGAGAAA